AUGUCAGAAUACAUUUUAGUUACUGGAGGAGCUGGAUACAUUGGAUCCCAUACCGUUAUUGAAUUAAUUAACAAUGGGUAUAAAGUUGUGGUAGUUGAUAACUUAUGUAAUUCAAGUUAUGAUGCCAUCGCCAGAGUGGAGUUCAUCACCAAACAAAAAGUUGAUUUCUUUGAUGUUGACUUGAGGGAUUUAGAAAGCUUGAACAAGGUUUUCGACAAAUUUCCUAUCAAAGGUGUUAUCCAUUUCGCUGCCUUGAAAGCUGUUGGUGAAUCAACCAAGAUUCCAUUGGCUUAUUACGAUAAUAACAUUGGUGGAACUAUCACUUUAUUAACUGCUAUGCAAAAACAUGAAGUUAAAACCAUUGUAUUUUCAUCAUCAGCUACUGUUUACGGUGAUGCCACAAGAUUUGAAAAUAUGAUUCCUAUCCCAGAACAUUGUCCUAAUGAUCCAACCAAUCCUUAUGGUAAAACCAAAUUCAUGAUAGAACACAUUUUGAAAGAUAUCUAUGGUGCUGAUAAUCAAUGGCAAACAGCUAUCUUAAGAUACUUCAAUCCUAUUGGUGCCCAUCCUUCAGGAUUGUUAGGUGAAGAUCCUUUGGGUAUUCCAAAUAACUUAUUACCAUAUUUGGCUCAAGUAGCUAUUGGUAGAAGAGAAAAAUUAAGUAUUUUCGGUAAUGAUUAUGAUUCCCACGAUGGCACUCCAAUCAGAGAUUACAUUCACGUAGUUGAUUUAGCGAAAGGUCAUAUUGCUGCUUUGAACUACUUAAAGAACUUGAAUGGUGGUUUAUACAGAGAAUGGAACUUAGGUACUGGUAAUGGAUCAACUGUUUUCGACGUUUACCAUGCUUUCUGUAAAGCUGUUGGUAAAGAAUUACCAUAUGAAGUUGUCGGUAGAAGAGGUGGAGAUGUUUUAAAUUUAACUGCCAAUGCUACUAGAGCCAAUACCGAAUUGAAAUGGGAAGCUAAAUUAACUAUUGAAGAUGCCUGUAAAGAUUUAUGGAAAUGGACUACCGAAAAUCCCUUCGGGUUCAAUAUUGACAAUUAUGAAUGGAAAGUCUUCAGUGAUGAUAAAGAAGAUUAUAGAAACAGAUUACAUACUGUCAAAUACGAUAAUUUCGAAGUGUCAUUUGCUAAUAGAGGUGCUAUCAUUCAAAAGAUUGUCAAGAAUGGUAUCAACGUUGUUUGUGGUUUUGAUGAACCAAGUAGAUACAUUGAAAAAUCCAACCCAUUUUUUGGUACCACUGUUGGUAGAGUCGCUAAUAGAAUCGGUCAUUCUAAAUUUGAGUUGAAUGGGAAAACUUAUACUUUAGAAUCCAAUGAAUCAUCCAAUACUUUACAUGGAGGUUUAGAUGGUUAUGAUAAACAAUACUUCUUUGGUCCUGUUGCCAAACAAUUCAAAAAAGAUGAUAAAAUCAUCAAUACUUUUGAAUUCAAUUAUGUCGAUAAAGAUGGUCAUAAUGGAUUCCCUGGUGAUGUUGAAUGUACUAUCAAAUACACUGUUGAUGAUUCAUCUGUAGCCAUUGAAUUUGUUGGUGAACAUUUGAAAGACUCACCAGUUGAGGAAACCAUUAUCAACUUAACCAAUCACUCAUAUUUCAACAUUUCAAACACCAAGUCCACUGAUGGUACUGUCAUCAAAGCCAUCACCAACAAACAAUUGGAAGUCAAUGAUGAAUUAUUACCAACCGGGAAAUUUGUCCCAACUCAUACUGACAUCACUAAACCAACCACUUUAAGUGCCGAUUGUGCCUUUGAUUAUUGUUUCGUUGUUGAUGGGAAUGGAAGUGGUAUCGAUACCAGAGAUUCUGAAUUGAAGCAAGUGAUUGAAGCUACUCAUCCGAACUCCAACAUCAAAUUCAUUGCAGAAACCACCGAUCCUUCAUUCCAAUUAUAUACUGGUAUUGGUAUCAAUACUCCAGGAUUUGAACCAAGAAGUGGAUUUUGUAUUGAAAAUGCUAGAUUUGUUGAUGCUAUCAACCAUAAAGAAUGGGCCAAUCAAGUAAUUGUUAAAAAGGGCCAAUCUUACGGUUCAAAAGUUAAAUACUCUUUUGUUUAA